UCUAUCGUACAUAAAUCCCAGAAGUCCAAGCGCGUUAGCAUACAAAAUGGCGUCUCAACUCUGUCGAGCCGUCAGUAAAUUGCGGCCAGCAUUACUUGUCAAUCGUGGCGCUGUGGCUUUGCAAACUGGAAAUCGUAUGCUAAGUAAAGAUGAAAUGCCAGGACCCUAUCCAAGAACACCGGCGGAACGAGCCAGAGCUGCUAAGAAAUAUAACAUGAGAGUAGAGGAUUAUGAGCCAUAUCCGGAUGAUGGUACCGGAUGGGGUGACUAUCCUAAAUUAUCCUCAAAUCAUGUUAGUUCUAGAAGUAAUUGGGAUGAUUGGGAUUUCCCAGAAAUCAGGAGAAAUUACGGUGAUGUGUACCAUAUAGAUGAAGACAUCAUGUGGAGAAACAGACCAUUCUGGGACAAACAAACCAACCCACCAUUUAAAAUAAUGGCUGCACAGCUGUUUGGAUUCUUGACGGCAAUAGGAGUUCUCUUCUACCUUGGCAGCCGUUACAUUAAUUUCAGGCCUGUUGCACCAAAACAGUACCCGUACAAUAAUUUAUAUCUAGAAAAAGGAGGCGACCCAGAAAAGAUGCCAGAACCAGUCAAACAUUAUGAAUUUUAAAAUAAUUUUGUAAGAGAUGUAAAUAGGGUGUGACCAAUAGCGGAUCAUUUUUGAGUUUUGUUUAUUUUCUCAGAUAUUCUUAUUGUAGGUGGGUGUGAACAGCAGAUGAUUUUGUACCAUUUCACUAUAAUUCAGUAGAACAGGCACUGCUUCAAAGCAAUAGAAAAUGGCAGUUUGGGUAAAUCUCAAAGCAUUCAUAAUCCAUAAUUGAAAUUGUAACAUCAUUGGCAGAUAAAAUAUACUAUUGGACCAGCACAGUUAGUUGUUUUGUCAUUGAAUCAACAUACUUUAAGUUUAUCAGGGCUGCACAUCAAGUCCUAAUGCAAUGCAACCCCAUGUUAUUUUGAGUGAAAAGUGUACAUUGUCUUCCUGUUCCAUUCCGAGGUUUCAAACUAUGGCUGUGUUCAUAUUCGUCUGGUACAAAGUAGAGGUAAUCCAAAACGGAAGCUAACAGUACUGUAUUAUUUGAUAGGAAUGCUGCACAGCGUGUAAUGUUGACCUGUAGGGAAUUGUAAUACCAAGGUAAACGAUGUACGAUGUCAUCGCUUUAAGAACGACAUGUUUUGGGAAUAUAGAUACGUCAGUUUGCAUAAUUGUUAUGUAUUCACUUCAAGCGAUAUAGAGAUACAAAUUUGAAAUAAAAUCUCUGAAUGUGA